ACGUUUUAAUUUUUAGUCAGUGCUACUGAAGUUAGUGUGCUAAUUAGGGUGACAUUGACAAUAACAAUGAGUGGUGUUAACCGGCUUUUUAAGUGUGUAUCCGGGGUUGCCCGAGUCUGUGCUGCUUCUCCCCGAGCUUCCCUACUAGGGAGCAGGCGAUAUAUUAAGAUUGACACUCGAAACAUGGCUUAUGCUAAGCAGCUCUUCCUGGGUAUCUGCAACAAGGAGGAAGUAUUUCCAUAUCCAGAGAUCAGUAAGGAUGAAUUAGAAGAGAUCAAUCAGUUUGUGGGUCCAGUAGAGAAAUUCUUUAAUGAAGAAGUUGACUCUAAACUUAUUGACCAGACUGCUAAAAUCCCUCUGGAAACUUUGGAAGGGUUGAAAAACCUUGGUCUAUUUGGCAUGCAAAUUCCAGAAGAUUAUGGUGGACUUGGAUUAUCAAAUACAAUGUAUGCACGUUUAGGAGAAAUUACUUCUUUGGAUGGGGCUAUUGCUGUUACAUUGGCAGCUCAUCAGGCUAUAGGACUUAAGGGAAUCCUGAUUGCUGGCAAUGAUGAACAAAAAGCAAAAUAUCUGCCUAAACUGGCAUCUGGCGAGCAUAUUGCAGCAUUCUGCCUAACAGAGCCUGGAAGUGGAAGUGAUGCUGCUUCUAUCCAAACGAGAGCAACCAUCAGCGAUGAUGGUAAAUACUUUCUUCUGAACGGCUCAAAGAUUUGGAUAUCCAAUGGUGGAUUGGCUGACAUAUUUACUGUGUUUGCCAGGACAGAAGUUGUUGACAAAGAUGGUACAACAAAGGAUAAAAUAACUGCUUUCAUUGUUGAAAGGGCAUUUGGUGGAGUAACGCAUGGAAAACCAGAAGAUAAGUUAGGAAUCCGGGGAUCUAAUACAUGUGAACUACAUUUUGAAAAUACAAAGGUGCCUGUGGAGAAUGUGAUUGGUGAAGUUGGAGGUGGCUUUAAAGUUGCAAUGAACAUUCUUAACAGUGGAAGAUUCAGUAUGGGUAGCGCUUCUGCUGGGAUGAUAAAGAAAUUGAUUGAAAUGACAGCAGAAUAUGCUUGCACAAGAAAACAGUUCAACAAAAGACUUAGUGAUUUUGAAUUAAUUCAGGAGAAAUUCGCUCUCAUGGCUCAGAAAGCGUAUGUGAUGGAAAGUAUGGCUUACCUUACUGCAGGCAUGAUGGACCGACCAGGACUUCCAGAUUGUUCUGUUGAGGCUGCAAUGGUUAAGGUUUUUAGUUCAGAAGGAGCAUGGGUUUGUGUCAGUGAAGCCUUGCAGAUCCUUGGAGGAUUAGGUUAUAUGAAGGAUUAUCCAUAUGAACGUUAUUUAAGGGACAGCCGAAUUCUGCUCAUUUUUGAAGGCACCAAUGAAAUUCUCCGCAUGUAUAUUGCUUUAACAGGAAUGCAGCAUGCUGGAAAAAUAUUAACAGGAAAAAUAAAAGAAAUGAAGAAAGGUAACGUUGGAGUUGCUUUUGAAAUGUUUUCAAAGAAGCUUAAAGAUAGCCUUGGUAGAAAGGUUAAUUUAGGAUUAACCGGACCAGAGGGGGUUGUCCAUCCAAGCCUAGAGGAAAGUGCCAAAAAGCUUGAAGAGAAUAUUUAUUAUUUUGGCAACGUGGUAGAAAAUUUGCUAUACCGGUUUGGCAAGACCGUAGUGGAUGAACAGCUGGCGUUGAAGAGAGUAGCAGAUAUCAUUAUUAACUUGUAUGCCAUGACAGCUGUAAUAUCCAGGGCCAGUAGAUCAAUCAGUAUAGGUCUCCUUAAUCAUGAUCAUGAGGUAUUACUUGCGAACAUGUUUUGUUCUGAGACCUAUUUCAAGAAUAACUAUCUCAUGGCUCAGCUUGGAAAGCAUUCUCCAGAAAACCUGGAUGACAGUAUACGGAAAAUAGCAAAACAUGUGCUGGAAAAAAGAGCCUAUACUUGUUCUCAUCCACUGGACAGGACUUUCUAAAAGCUGGAUACGAAGUCUGAUUAACAAUGAAUAAUUAUUACAAAUGGAAUCCUAUAAAUCUGAAUGUAACUAACUCAGUAUUUUUGGUUGCGUAACAAUUUUUUGCUCAAUUUUUGUUAAGUUCAAAUUAUUUUUCUCUAAACAUAUGCUAAAAAUACAGUCUUUUAAACAAAAAACUA